UGUUAUAUCAAUAUCACAGAAAUGUCUUUUAACACCAGAUGGACAUGGUAAAUUUAAAGGAUGUCGAGAUUUAACACACCUCUCUCACUGUGAAAACAUGAGCUGUCCAGUGGGUUACUACAAAUGUCUGAACAGUUAUUGUGUACACGUGUCAUUGGUGUGCAAUGGGAAAGCAGAUUGUCGGGACAACCAGGAUGAAUAUAACUGUGGUAAUUAUUCUUGUCCCGGAUUUUUUAGAUGCGAGGGAUCUGAUAUCUGUCUUGAUGCUCCGCAAAUUUGUGACAAUAUUAAGGACUGCCCCAAGGGUGAUGAUGAAAUACUCUCGUGUGAUGAUCUCAUGCGAAGAGAAGAACUUAGGGUUUUUAUGUGGAUAUUUGGACUAUCGGCUUUGAUUGGAAACUUAAGCGUCAUCUUGUAUCGGGUUAUAUUUGACACUGAUGGAUUCAAACGGGGCUAUGGACAAUUUGUAACAAAUCUUGGGAUUUCUGAUUUCUGCAUGGGUAUCUACAUGUUGAUUAUUGCUAGCGCUGAUAUAAUAUUCCGUGGAAGAUAUAUCUGGAAUGAUCCCUGGUGGCGAAACAGUCCAUAUUGUCAGUUAGCUGGAGUAUUAGCUACUAUUUCCAGUGAAGCGUCGGCCCUUUUUCUGUGUGUAAUCACCGUGGACCGUUUCUUAAACAUAAAGUAUCCUUUUGGACAAUUUAAGAUCAGAAUAUGCUUGGCUUUACCAUUAACAAGAGAAAGAACACCAGGAUGGGAGUUCUCUGCUGGUAUCUUCAUUUUCUUCAACUUAUUUACAUUUCUUUUAAUUUGUGUGGGACAGUUGUUAAUAUACUGGGCCAUGGUCAAAACCAGUUCUAUUGUCCAGAGUAAAGAAAGACGAACCAGAGAUGUACAAGUAGCCAAAAAACUGUCUCUUAUUGUCCUCACUAAUUUUAUUUGCUGGUUUCCUAUUUGUUGUAUGGGCUUAAUGGCAUUAAAUGGUUUUGAAAUUGAUAGUGAAGUUUAUGCCUGGACAGCGGUAUUUAUUCUACCUGUAAAUUGAACCCACUUCUUUAUACGUUGUCGUCAAUUUUUGGUAACAGG